AUGUGGAGGCUUUGUUUGGGCAGCUGUAUCCUGGAGGAAGGAAACGUGAACGCAUCCCUUCACUCGGAGGCAAGCGAUACAAUUGACAAUGUGAAGGCAAAGAUCCAGGACAAGGAAGGCAUCCCGCCUGAUCAGCAGCGCCUGAUCUUCGCCGGCAAGCAGCUCGAGGAUGGGCGAACCCUGUCUGACUACAACAUCCAGAAGGAAUCGACCCUGCACCUAGUGCUGCGGCUUCGUGGCGGAUGCUGCUGGUUCUUCUCGUUCCUGAUCAUCCUCACGAUCAUUACCAUGAUCUUCGUGAUGCCAUGCACCUGCGGGACCUCC